CGGCAAUCCUGCAGAUCAUCGGAGUGUUUCUGUUUGCCAGGUAUUCAGCUGCGUAAACGCUGCCUCUUUUAGUAUAGAAUACGGACGGCCGCCAUGAUGGGAAAAGAAUACGGAUACGAUAGGUAUCAGUUUGCCACAUCCAGCAACGAUCGACCACUCAGAACCCGGGGUAGCCGAAUUCAUCUGCUGUCUGCUAUACACGUAUACUGGGACCUAGAAGUAUGUUUAGACCCUAGAGAAGAGCUUUCCUCUGUGGAUCAGAACCCUGCUGACCGGAAGAAGCGGUGGCCGAUCGUUUCCACAUCCCAGAUUAUAAAAUAUGGCCAACUUCCUGCUGUUGGUGUUCAACAUCCAUCACAUCGUCCAAAAUGCAUGUUGUUGCAAGUACCACAGCUUUUCUGGGCGUCAUUUCUAGUGUUGCCGGGGUACACCAUCGCAACAGAGACACCAACCAGCAAAUCUUAAAGCCGCCCGUACCAGAGCCUAUUGUUGUCACCGAGCUUUCCUUGCCUCCUGUCGCCGACCGUAAAGAGGGUUCUUGUACUCCGGAAGUCAGCCCUCACCGGACCGGAUGUCUGCUCAAAUCCUCCCAGAUCCAAAGUGGAAAUUUUCUUCCUGAUAACAACCAUGUGCUUGUCAGCUUAAACUUCUCAGGGGCUCCAGCAGCGCCCGAUCCGGCUAGCGUUUACAAUGGCACCCAUUUGACUCUGGUAAAGGCGGAUGGGACCAAGUUUCCUAGCGGUGACCCAUGGAAGUGUAUUACCUGCGGCGUGCCGGAAGAAAACAAGGUCGGCAGCACAGAGCUCUCUCCCUAUCCUCAGGCGUUUUUGGAUGGCAAGCGGGCCCUAAUCGGGACUAAUAUCGUUGAUUGUGGUUCGGAGCUGCUCGCAAGUUCUGAGUGUACACCGGAUAAAGUGCAUAUCUACCCGAUCCGUUGGAAUGUCAAGGCAGAUGGCUCGGGACCCGGGGGAGAUAUACGAGAAUUGCGUCUACAUCCGGAUAAUGUGCACUUAGGAUUCAACUCCUUCACCUUCUCCAAUGGCCAACUUGGACAGUUUGGCUACUUUAGUCGACUGCAGUUUAACCCGUCGCCGAAGACUGGCGAACCUCGCUCGGCGCGAUACGAUCUGGUUAACGUUACCAGACUCUAUAACCCGAACAACCCCCUGCCGAUCAGCGCAAAAGGUAACCAGCUCGUGUUUAACCGGUCAGCUAUUGCGGUCGGCGAGCUUCGAGGAUUCACCGGACGCGGUAAAGAGGUCACAUAUAUCGGCAACCCCGUCGAGUCAUGCAACAUCGACGUAUUUGCUGCCGAUCUCACAACCGGAAAGGUCCGUCGCAUCACGGAUCACCCCGAGUAUGUCGAUCCGAUGGAUGUCUCUCCCGACGAUAAGUGGCAAGUGAUCCUCGAUACUCGAGGGACGGGCCGGCAGAUGUUCAUGGCCGGCAUGCGCAGCAUUCCACCGAUUAUCGACCUGAUCGCUACUACGGUCGCCUCCUCCACUCGCAACAAUGGCCCUCGGCGAUUCUUCCGGCCUUGGCUCCUGGACCACGAUGGGGACCGAGGAGACUACUACGGCCAGCAAAUCAAUGGCGACGGAGACGGCAGCCCAGGCAGCAUCAACGACCCCAACUGGAACGCUGGGGCAGACCCCAAGUGGUCUCAUGACGGCACACGCAUAGCUUACUUCGAGAACCUGGUUGUUGCACCUUCUUGUGGCGGACAGAAUCCUCUGCCAUGCCCUAACUCUACUGAACCCGGUGGUCGUGUCACCCGUCUGAUGUUGGCUCACCUUACCAGCCGUGAGCCACUGGAUCUUGAACCAGUUGCUCCUGUCUCCGAUGAAGUUCCCUGGGGUGUGCCAUAUGAGCCCGAAAGUGCUCUGCCAGACCGUCCGUUUCCAGCUGAAGGAAAUUACACCUUGAAGGGAGAGGUGUCCGGCUCGGCUUUUGUGUCAAUCAUUCAUGACAAGGCCAUUCCAGCAGCGAUCAAAACCAUCGCAGUCGACUAUCGCAACUAUUCCGAUGACGGAUUACAUUUUAUCGACGGCUCUGAGAGGUUCACCAGUACUGUCGAAUCCAUGACGAUAAACAAGGUGGACUGGUUUUCCGACCUUACGUCUACCGGACAAGUUACCGGAAGCAAGAAGACUAGUCCGGGUGGGUUCCAUCUGGAAAUCGAUGCCAUGACUAACAUAUUCAAUGCGAACGGAACCUUGACUACCACUCUCGAUGGAAAGGCCUGGAAGCAGCCGGCGAACGGAACUUGAUCGGUUAUCACGCCGAAUUAAGACACGGUGGUUUCGUCUGGUGGCUAUGGAAAAUCGUCUUGUCCCAGGUCGGGGGAGCCCUUGUAUAUAACUAGUUGAGGCAGUUUUGCCUGUACAUAUUCUGUAUGAAGGACAUGGGCACAGUAUUGCAAGAAAUCACAUUUUUUACAUGAUGCACUUAUGACAUUCCAUCCCAAAUGUUUUAUACCAAAACUGAGGCACAAAGAUGUAUCUAUGC